AUGUCUAAAAGAAGAACGGUGAAACGAUCAAGAAAUGGUUGUUUAAGUUGUAAAAAAUUACGAAUAAAAUGUGAUGAAUCUAAACCAACAUGUGAAUAUUGUUUGCAUACUAAUCGACAAUGUAUAUAUACGAUUCCUAAAUUACAGGAAUAUCUUGAUACUUUCACAUCAUCUUCCGAUUUAUUAGAAGCAAUACUGAAUUGUGAAGAGUUAUUAUCAUCAACAACGAGCACUGGCAGUGUCACUACCAAUACCACCAAUACCACCACAACUACUACUACUACCAGCAUUAAUAACAACAACAACACCACAAUAAUGACAGAAUAUUCUCUGCCGGUUGAAAAAGAUCAUUUACAUCGAGAAUUAAUUUUGACACAACCAACAACGAUAUUAGGAAUAUCAAAAUUUGAAUUAAAAUUAUUAAAAUUUUAUGAUUAUCAAUGCAUUUCAAUGUUUUCAUAUGGUCAUAAUCAAGAAAUCCAUAAUACUUGGAAAUAUAAAGUACCGCAUUUAUUUAUUCAAAGUCAAUUAGUUCGAAACAGUAUAUUUGCCCUUGCUUCAAUGGUAUUACAAUCAACUAUAACACCAGCUUUUAAUGAUUCUUUACAAAUUGCUCAAAUUCAAAAUAAUUUAUUUAAUUCCACAUUAGAAUAUUUUUUAGAUGUUUUGAAUCAAACCAAAUCAAUCAUUAAUGGAUGUCCCGAAACUAUAGAUUUCCAAAAUGUUACAACUGCUAAAGAAUUGACAGUUAGUAGUACAAUAUUAUUCACUAUAUUGGCAAUUAAUCCUAAUCGAUUAUUACCAUUAAUAUCAUUUGAUAAAUCUCAAUCAGAUUUCAUAUCAAUUUCAAAAGGUGUAGUAAUGAUAAUUGCUAAAGCUAGUCCUAUAGUAUUUGGAUCGGAUUUAAUUGGAAUUAUUUAUUAUGGAACAUUAAAUGGUGUUAAUCCACCUAAUUUAAAUAAUCCUACUUUCCCCAUAAUAAAAAAUUUAAUCAAUGACCUCAACAAUAACAAUAACAAUAUUUAUGAUUAUUCAUCUUCCACAUAUGAAUUAUUAUAUGAAUCAUUAGAUAUUUUGAAUAAAGGUAUGUAUGCUACUCAAUCUUUUGAAUUCCCAGUGCCGUUUUUCCGUUGGAUAAAUUUAAUUUCUGAUGAUUUCCGACAAUUAUUAUAUGAUCAAGAUGAAUUUGCUCUUAGAUUAUUAUUUGUGUUUUCUAGUUUGUGUUUAUAUGCUGGAUUUAGUUUGAAUGAUGAAUUCAAUAUUUGGAAAGAUUUUAUAGAUUGGUAUAAACAUGAUCAAGAAGGGAAAUAUAAUGGACAAUUCAAGUAUUUGAUGGAUGGGAAAUUAUAUCAAUUGAUAAUAGUGGAGAAAAAACGAUGUAAUAAAUUUAAAGAAUUUCCUGAACUAGAUGUUAAUUAA